AUGUUUAUCAAUUUUUCAGCAUUAUUGUCUCUUGGAAGCAAACUUGCAGGCGCUCCGGCUCCAACCAGUGGCGGUCCUUUGGCUCACCAAUUUGGAUUGAAGUUGGAAGACAUGUACUACAUUGAAGAUAUGUACAUUGGUACACCACCGCAAAAGAUUGACAAUGUGAUUGUUGACACUGGCUCUACUGACUUUGUCCUUUUGACCCCGUAUUAUGACCCGAAAAAGUCUGUCAGUUUCGUCAACACAACAAACGUUUUCACUACCUGGUAUGGUUCAAUCGAGCCGUUUGAGAUGUACCAGGCCUAUGACACAAUUAGUAGCACUAGCGGACUCGUUGUUCAGAACGAGACCAUUGGUGUUGCAGGUGUUACCCCGGACAAUUUCAAUGGCUACUACGGCAUCUUUGGUCUUGGGUUCACUUACACAGAGGCUAUUCAACCUGAAUACAACAGUUUCCCCUUUUUGCUUAAGGAACAAGGCCUGAUUGAGAGAGUACUUUUCGGUUUCAACGGCCAAGCAGAUAGUGGGUCAUUGUUGUUUGGUGGUGUUCACAAGGAUGUGUACGAGGCUCCACUCAAUAGAGUGCCGAUCUUAAAGAGACUCAGUAGUGCUGGACCAAGAUUGGACUACUAUUCGGUGCCGGGCUUUACAGUCAAUGAAAUCAAACUCGGCAAUAUCACCAUCUCGAAUCAGGACACGUUGUAUCUCAUUGAUAGUGGAGCCGAUGUUUUCGCUCCUCCUACUCCGGUUUUAGCCAAUUUGUUCACGGCAAUUGGAGGCGAUUCCUUUGCAGAUGAAGAAGAAGGGUUGACUUAUUUCAACGUUGACAACAUUGGUGACAAGGAAAUUAUUAUCGACGCACAAGGUGUUGAGUUGAAAUUCCCCUUGAGCGAUAUCAUCCAGGAAACAAAGGUUGUGAAUGGUUCAACUUAUGCUGGAAUCCCCCAGGCUUCUGUUGGUAUCAACAUCGAUGCUGACGCGGGAACAUUGCCAUUUUAUUUGCUCAAAUACUAUUACUCCGUUUGGGAUUAUGAUAAUGGUGAAAUCUAUUUUGCUAAAUAUAAGCCAGCUGAUCAACAGGGAAGUGAAACCGUUGCCGUUGCUUCUGGAUACGAGUUGCCUGUGGCUACUAAAGACCCACCCAAGCCUUCAGCUACUUAUGCAACUAUAUACCAGGCAAGCUCGGAAACCACCAUCUCAGCAGCUACGUCGUCGCCGUCGUCGUCAUCAUCAUCGCCGUCGUCAUCAUCAUCGCCGUCGUCGUCAUCAUCAUCGCCGUCGUCGUCGUCAUCAUCAUCGCCCUCGUCAUCAUCAUCAUCGCCCUCGUCGUCAUCAUCAUCAUCGACCUCGUCGUCGUCAUCAUCACCUUUAUCAUCAACUUUAGCCGCAAGUGCUUCCACUUCUUCUUCUCCUUCCUCUUCUUUCACUGGUGGAGCUACUGCCAAUUCCACUACUACCACUUCAACAUCAUCGAUUACUUCUACACCCGCAGCUUCUUCUUGGAAAAAUGCACAAGCACGUGCAUCUAUCGUGAGAAAGACAAUCUAUGCUUGCUCAGCUGACCGCAAAAAUAUUCUUUAG